UCAGAGGGGAAGGCGCAGAGUGAUGGAAAGAAAGGGGAGGAGUCUUUUACGGUGACAUAUAUAUUCCCAAAUGGUGAUACUUAUGAAGGAGAAUGCUACCGCACAUCAGAAGGUGUGGUAGUGAGGAGAGGGGUAGGCACCCAAAAAACAGCCUGUGGAAUAACAUACUCAGGACAAUGGAGUGAAGACAAGAUGAAUGGUGAUGGAGCCUUGGCGCACCCAUCUGGUGCUAAAUAUGAGGGGGAGUUCCUGGACAAUAUGUACCAUGGCAAGGGCACUUACUACUUUCCUGAUGGAACCAAAUACAUUGGGACCUUCAAUGAAAACAGGCUAGAAGGAGAGGGAGAGUUCACUGAUGCAGAUGGACUGGAGUGGACUGGUGUCUUCCACAACCGAGCAGCACCUGGACUAAAACUCAAACUGAACAUGUAACACAAACGUGCAUACACAGUCAGCAUUCUUUAACCCCAUGGCAGGAUUUUUCGCAUUCAAACUUUUAGACUUUUCAACACCCCUUGUAUUAUCAUUAU